GUGAGACGCUGCUGAUGAACCUGCGUGUACAAGCAGAGUCCCCCUUUGGUGUAGGGGUCCUCAACCACCUGCUGCUGUCGGGCUCCGAGUCGGACCAGGUGGCCUGUGCUCUUGCCCUCCCCCUGAUCUGCAGGAAGGAUUCCCUUUGCCGGAAGCUCCUCUUGGACCACUCCGGCCUGCGCCUCCUGCUAGCCGCCCUGGUGCGAGGCCCCGACCCCCACUUCAUCUUCUACGCCUCCGACUCGCUCUCCCUCCUCCUGGGCUCUCCAGCCCCACCUACGGCGGCGGGGGUCUCUUCUCCUGCCUUAAAGCGACCCCGCUUGGACCCCCCACAGCCUUGUUCUUACCACCACCUGGUGGACGAAGGCAGGGCCGACCUGCACUUCCA